AUGCCGAAUCCGCCGCCACCACGUACCGUCAUUGUGGUCCCGGUACUGUCCGUGCAAGGGGGCGGGCAACCCCUUGAUCGCUCGGUGGGCCCUUUGGGCAGCAAGGCACCUACUGCACCUCCUCCUCUCGGUCCACCCUCCGUUGCUGAUUCGACACCUGUGGGACCAGAGGAUGGUCCUCUGGAGGUUGGCACCAGCAUGGCUGAUCACAAGGAGGGAGAAGGAGAAGUAGCAGUGGAUGAGCAGUCACUAAUGGCCCAUGUGCAUGAGCCUUCACCUGCAGUUCCCCCCAUCCAGCACAUUCCACCACCCCCACGUCGCUCCAGCAGGCCCAACAAGGGGGUGCCACCCGUACGGUUUCAGCCAUCAGCCAUGACGGCCCUGGAUGCGGACGAUGAGGACAACCCGUACGACGUGGCGUACCUUGCUGAGGACGAUUGCGACACGGACAGCGAUGACGAAGUGGAGUACCCGGACGAGGAUGAGGAGGAGGAAGGCGCUUGGGGAGGUGUCAUCUGGCAGCUGCGUUGA